AAGCGGACCCACGUGUAAAGGAAAGAGAUGCAUGUGUCGUUAUACUUUAGUUAAGACAGUUUAGGGGGUAAAUAAAGCAUUUAUGAGUAAAUCAAUGCGUAAAGGUUGAGCACUAUUCAUCAACAUGAAGUUCGCUUACAGGUUUUCCAACCUGCUCGGAGCUGUCUAUCGGCAGGGGAAUUUGAAUUUCUCCAAAGAUGGAAAUGCUGUCAUCAGUCCAGUUGGAAACAGAAUCUCUAUCUUCGACAUGAAAAAUAACACGUCUGAGACGUUGCCCAUCUCUACUACCAAGAAUAUAACAUGCGUUGGCGUUUCUCCUGAUGGCUGCUUGGCCGUCGUGGUCGAUGAAGAUGGCGCCGCCCUGCUGGUCAGCCUCAUCACUCGAGCCGUCCUUCAUCACUUCCACUUCCACAAGCCGGUCAGCAGCAUCCGCUUCUCUCCUGACGGCAGGAAGUUUGUUGUGACAAAGGAGAACGUAGCGCUGAUGUACCACGCCCCUGGGAAGCAGCGGGAGUUCAACGCCUUUGUUUUAGACAAGAGCUACUACGGCCCAUACGAUGAAACCACGUGCAUCGACUGGACCGACGACUCCAAGUGCUUCGUGGUGGGAAGCAAAGACAUGUCCACCUGGGUGUUUGGAGCAGAGCGCUGGGCUAACCUGAUCUACUACUCACUGGGCGGACACAAGGACGUCAUCGUGGGCUGUUUCUUCGAAAAGGACAGCCUAAAUCUUUACACGGUGAGCCAGGACGGAGUUCUGUGCGUCUGGGAAAGCGACACCGAGCCGGACGGCCUGGUUCUGAAGAAAAGCGUUGACAAAAGCAAGCCGGCAAGACCAGAGGAGGACGAGGAGGAAGAGGAGAGGGCGGAAGGAGAGGAAGGGGAGGUGAUCCGAGGGAAAACGGAAACUCCAAAAACCAAUAGCAAGAUUAAAAAUGUUCGAUACAAGCAGAUAAGCAAACAUUUCUUCAACAAGGAGGGCGAGUUCAACAACCUGACGGCUGCCGCCUACCAUAAACCCACCCACAUCCUGGUCACCGGCUUCGCUUCGGGAAUAUUCCACCUGCACGAACUGCCCGAGUUCAACCUGAUUCACUCGCUGAGCAUCUCAGACCAAAGGAUCGCCUCAGUGGCUAUAAACAGCUCCGGAGACUGGAUUGCGUUCGGAUGCUCUCGGAAGGGUCAGCUGCUGGUGUGGGAGUGGCAGAGCGAAUCGUACGUCUUCAAGCAGCAGGGUCACUUCAACAACAUGGCCUCUCUGGCUUACUCUCCAGACGGGCAGUACGUGGUGACAGGAGGGGAUGAUGGGAAAGUGAAAGUGUGGAACACCAACAGCGGGCUCUGCUUUGUCACCUUUACCGAGCACACCAGCAGCGUCACCAGCGUCACCUUCACCUCCAGCGGCUUCGUCAUCGUCAGCGCCUCCUUGGACGGCACCGUUAGGGCGUUCGACCUGCACAGGUACCGAAACUUCCGGACGUUUACGUCUCCUCGGCCGGCGCAGUUCUCCUCGCUGGCAGUCGAUGUGAGCGGGGAGCUGGUGAGCGCCGGAGCGCAGGACUCCUUCGAGAUCUUCCUCUGGUCCAUGCAGACCGGCCGGCUGCUGGAGGUCCUCUCAGGACACGAGGGUCCAGUCAGCAGCCUGAGCUUCAGUCCGGUCCAGUCUGUCCUGGCCAGCGCCUCGUGGGACCGUACUGUCCGACUGUGGGACAUGCUGGACAGCUGGCAGGUCAAAGAGACGCUCCCUCUGACAUCAGACGGUCUGUGUGUGACGUAUCGCCCUGACGGGCAGCAGCUGGCUGUGGCCACUCUGAACGGAGAAAUCUCCUUCUGGAACCCCCAGACGGCCGCGCAGACCGGCUCCAUCGCCGGACGCCACGACCUGGAGGUCGGCCGCAAGGAGACGGAUAAGAUCACAGCCAAGCAGUCCGCCAAGGGAAAGUCUUUCACGUCUCUGUGUUACUCUGCUGACGGGGAGUCUGUUUUGGCGGGAGGACACUCCAAGUUCGUCUGCAUCUACAACGUCCAGGAGCAGAUGCUGAUGAAGAAGUUUGAGAUCUCCUGCAACCUGUCGUUUGAUGCCAUGGAGGAGUUCCUGGACAGGCGGAAGAUGACGGAGUUCGGCAGCCUCACGCUGGUGGACGACGGCGCCGGAGAUGAAGACGGGGUGGACAUCAGCCUGCCUGGAGUCAGGAGAGGCGACAUGAGUUCCCGCCACUUCAAGCCGGAGAUCCGGGUCAGCUCGCUGCGCUUCUCUCCGACCGGGCGCAGCUGGGCAGCCGCUACCACCGAGGGUCUGCUGGUCUACUCCCUGGACGGGUCCCUGGUUUUCGACCCGUACGACCUGGACCUGGACGUGACGCCGGCCAGCAUCCGCAAGCAGCUCCGCCUCCAGGAGUGGGCGUCGGCCAUCGUCCUGGCGUUCAGGCUCAAUGAAAACGCACUCAAACAGGAGGUGCUGGAAACGGUUCCACAGCAGCAGAUUCCGGUGGUUUGCGGAUCUCUGCCUGACAUUUACGUGGAGAAGCUGCUUGGCUUUGUGGCUUCAUGCUUGGAGAAAUCGAGUCACCUGCAAUUCUACAUGAGCUGGGCCCAGAACCUGCUCAUGCUGCACGGGCAGCGACUCAAGAACAGGUCUGCAUCCAUCGUCCCAACGCUGCAGUCGCUGCAGAAGAGCAUCCAGAGACACUUCGACAAUCUAUCCAAGCUAUGUGACUUCAACAUGUAUAACAUCCGCUACGCAGUGGCGCUCUCAAAACAGAAGGGCAUUAAGAGGCCCGCUGAGGAGGAGGAGGAUGAUGAAGAUGAAGGGAUGAGCGAAGCUUCUGUAGAAGAGACAGACCUGAUGCUGUAGCCUGUAUCUAAUGUUGACUUCAUAUUAGUUUCUCUGUGCUUUUAUGUAUGACUCAUAUGCAGUUUGUUUUUAUAAUAAAUUCACUUUAU